AGAAAAAUUCAGCGAGGCAAAACACAUAAACACCUUGCGUGCAUACAUCAAAACACACUAGCUAUGGCUACUACUUCCAAUAGUUGGGCUCACACAGCCCAAAUGCCUCACCACUUCUCCUCCUCUUCUUCUUCUUCUUCUUCUUCUUCUUCACCACUAUACAAAGGCUUCCCUAAAAGAUCCAUCAGCUUAAACAGAAAAAGAACCACCACCAUUCAAUCCGCUCUCCAGUCUCCUUCAGUUCUUCACUUUCCAAAACAGCCUUACCAUCAGCAAGUUGUUGCAAAAGAGGUCUGUUCAAAUUCUAAGCCUAAAACAGCAACUACAACCCAGCAACCUCCACACUGGAACUUCCUCCAGAGAGCUGCCUCCACCGCCUUGGACAUGUUGGAAGGAGCUUUGGUCUCGCGAGAGAGCCAAAGCCCCCUCCCUAAAACCGCCGAUCCACUUGUUCAAAUCGCCGGGAACUUUGCUCCAGUUCCGGAGCAACCCGUCAGUCACGCACUCCCUGUUUCCGGCACCAUUCCCUCAUGCAUUAGCGGCGUCUACGUCCGUAACGGCGCCAACCCUUUACACGAGCCUGUCGCCGGCCACCAUUUCUUCGACGGCGACGGCAUGGUUCACGCCAUUAGCAUUAAUGACGGUGCCGCCAGCUACGCAUGUCGGUUCACUGAAACCCAAAGACUAGUCCAGGAGCGGGAAAUCGGGAGGCCCGUUUUCCCAAAAGCCAUAGGCGAGCUCCACGGCCACUCCGGCAUCGCCCGCCUCGCCUUGUUUUACGCGCGCGGCGCUUUGGGCCUUCUGGACCCCAGCCAAGGCAUAGGAGUCGCCAACGCCGGUUUAGUCUACUUCAACGACCGCCUCUUGGCCAUGUCCGAGGACGACAUGCCGUACCAAGUCAGAAUCACUCCCCCCGGUGACCUCGAGACAGUCGGCCGAUACGACUUCGACAGCCAACUGGAGUCCACAAUGAUCGCCCACCCGAAAGUCGACCCGGUAACCGGUCACCUCCACACUCUCAGCUAUGACGUCGUAAAGAAGCCUUACCUGAAAUACUUCCAAUUCUCAGCCGACGGAAAGAAGUCCCCGGACGUGGAAAUCCCUCUUGCCGCACCUACAAUGAUGCACGACUUCGCCAUCACAGAAAACUUCGUCGUGAUUCCCGACCAGCAGGUGGUGUUCAAGUUACAGGAGAUGAUCACCGGCGGGUCUCCGGUAAUUUACGACAAGAACAAGAAAUCCAGGUUUGGAAUACUGUCUAAAAAUGCAAAUAACGCUGAUGAUAUCAUCUGGGUUGAGUCGCCGGACACGUUUUGCUUUCACUUGUGGAAUGCAUGGGAGGAGCCAGAGUCCGAUGAGGUAGUGGUGAUCGGGUCAUGCAUGACUCCACCCGACUCAAUAUUUAAUGAAUGUGACGAGAGCUUGAAGAGUGUGUUGUCCGAAAUCCGGCUCAAUUUGAAAACCGGCGAGUCAACUCGAAGGCCGAUUAUUUCCGAGGAGGUUGAUCAUGUGAACUUGGAGGCGGGAAUGGUGAACCGGAACCUGCUUGGUAGAAAGACUCGGUAUGCUUACCUUGCCAUUGCUGAACCGUGGCCAAAAGUUUCAGGUUUCGCCAAGGUAGAUCUUUUUACUGGCGAGGUAAAAAAGCAUAUUUACGGAGACAGGAAGUUUGGUGGUGAGCCCUUCUUUCUUCCUUCGAGUCCAAGUGGGGAAGAAGAUGAAGGUUAUAUUCUGAGCUAUGUCCACAAUGAGAAGACGUGGAAAUCGGAGCUUCAGAUUGUGAACGCCAUGAGUUUGAAGGUUGAAGCCACUGUGACGCUACCGUCAAGAGUUCCGUAUGGAUUUCACGGCACGUUCAUUGACUCGAAGCACUUGGAAAACCAGGCAUAACAGUAGGUUGAGAACAUACUAGUGUGAAUUAUUACCAUAUGCAGUUGGUAAAAAUUAGAGGGGGUCGACGAUCAUCAGGGGAAAUUUACCAGAGGGAUGGGUAGACAGGUCCCCGGAUUCUCCUGGAGUAUUUUAAAACCAUAACUAUCAAUUUGAUUUUGGUAUGCUUUUUCAGGCUAUAAGGUUUUGAUCGAUCAAGAACCAGCUUGUAGCUUUGGACUGUAUGUACCUUUCGAGCUCAGCUGGUUUACAUUUCUUUCUCUCUUCUUCUACUGUAAAUUGGUAAA